AUGGACAGGAGCUCGCUGCUGCAGCUUAUCCAGGAGCAGCAGCUGGACCCUGAGAACACGGGCUUCAUCGGUGCAGACACCUUCACGGGCUUGGUGCACAGCCAUGAGCUACCCCUGGAUCCAGCCAAGCUGGACAUGCUGGUGGCCCUGGCCCAGAGCAACGAGCGGGGCCAGGUCUGCUACCAGGAGCUGGUGGACCUGAUCAGCAGCAAGCGCUCAAGCAGCUUUAAGCGGGCCAUUGCCAACGGACAGCGGGCACUGCCCCGGGACGGGCUGCUCGACGAGCCGGGCCUGGGCGUCUAUAAGCGGUUUGUGCGCUACGUGGCCUACGAGAUCUUGCCCCGAGAGGUGGACCGCCACUGGUACUUCUACCGGCACCGAAGCUGCCCGCCCCCCGUGUUUAUGGCCUCCGUCACUCUGGCCCAGAUCAUCGUGUUCCUGUGCUAUGGGGCCCGCCUCAACAAGUGGGUGCUGCAGACCUACCACCCGGAGUACAUGAAGAGCCCUCUGGUGUACCACCCCGGGCACCGAGCACGGGCCUGGCGCUUCCUCACCUACAUGUUCAUGCACGUUGGGCUGGAGCAGCUGGGGUUCAACGCGCUCCUCCAGCUGAUGAUUGGGGUGCCCCUGGAAAUGGUGCACGGCCUGCUCCGCAUCAGCCUGCUCUACCUGGCCGGCGUGCUGGCAGGCUCCUUGACUGUCUCCAUCACUGACAUGCGGGCCCCGGUGGUGGGGGGCUCUGGCGGAGUCUACGCCCUGUGCUCUGCACACCUGGCCAAUGUCGUCAUGAACUGGGCUGGGAUGAGGUGUCCCUACAAGCUGCUGAGAAUGGUGCUGGCCCUGGUGUGCAUGAGCUCGGAGGUGGGCCGGGCCGUGUGGCUGCGCUUCUCCCCGCCACUGCCGGCCUCGGGCCCGCAGCCCAGCUUCAUGGCGCACCUGGCCGGAGCAGUGGUGGGCGUCAGCAUGGGCCUGACCAUCCUGCGCAGUUACGAGGAACGCCUUCGGGACCAGUGCGGCUGGUGGGUGGUGCUGCUCGCCUAUGGCACCUUCCUGCUCUUCGCCAUCUUCUGGAACAUCUUCGCCUAUGACCUGCUGGGUGCCCACAUCCCUCCACCACCCUGA